AUGAAAACUGUGCUGGCUGAGAAACUUGAGAUCGUAAAAUCCGAACUACAAGCAGUAAAAUCAGAGGUUGCAAACAACACUACAACAGUCUGCUCUGAUGUAGAAACUAUGAAAGCAACCAUAUCGGACAUGGAACGUGGGCUAUCAUCGUGCUCAGACGACGUGACUUUGCUGCAAAACAAGGUGGGCAAGCUCGAGAUGGAGCUUCUUGUGGGAUCGGAAGAUUUUGAUAUCAGGGUAUUUAGAGAAGAUGAGCUGGUGUUUGAGAUGGCAGAGAAUGAGACUAUAACGUCACUGUGUCACAUGCAUGGCAGCAGGUUUGGCUAUGCUUUGGCCAAUGGAACAGUGGGAGUAUAUGACCGCACCGCCCGCUACUGGAGAAUCAAAUCCAAAAAUCAUGCAAUGAGCAUCCAUGCUUUUGACCUCAAUGGUGAUGGAGUUGUAGAACUCAUAACUGGCUGGUCUAAUGGGAAGAUUGACGCUCGUAGUGACCGAACUGGUGAAGUGAUCUUCAAGGACAACUUUUCUUCAUCAGUGGCUGGUGUGGUAGAAGGAGACUAUCGCAUGGAUGGACAGGUCCAGCUUAUUUGCACCUCUGUGGAGGGAGAAGGUGAUACAGCAACUACAAAGACUAUUAUAUCCAAUAUUAUUCUAUCCACAUUCACUGGAUAUGAGAAUCAAGAUGUGUUACGAUUUGGCUCCAGAUCGUAA